AUGCGCAAGAAUCCAGGUCUCGUCUCAGUGGCGCCAACUGAUCUAAACAUGCAUAGUCUAAACGAGUAUCGCGACAUCCUCCACCGAGACAAAUACGCCAUCCUCUACUUUUGCGAUUCCCAUCGGCAAUGCGCCUCCCUUGAUCCCACCUACAACGACAUGGCGUCCGCUGUUGCCGACGCCGACGACAUGAUCGACUUCUACAAGAUCAACAUCUGGCAACAUCAUGACAUCUCCGACGCAGCGAUGGUGGAGAAACCGACCCUCCUCCUAGUAAAAAAUGGCCGGGAACUCGAGCGCUUCUGUAAGCCUGUGCCGCAGCAGUUGGAGUACAUGGUGUCGCAGGCCCUGUGUGGGAUGACCAAGAUAUCGAUGGUCCCGUAUACGGAGAGGGAGGAUCCUGGGAAUCUGAUGUACUGUAUCCCGGCGCACAAAUAG